GAUCAUCCCAUUGACAACAAAGCGAGGCCUGUUGAUGCCAACAUCUUUAUUAUUAAUGACCAACCGCGGUUCAAAGAAUUAGUUAACCAGAUCAGUCGAUACUUAAACACUGAAUUCUACGUAGAGACAGCAGACUGCAAUUAUGUUUGAUGAGAUAUUGCAACAGUCACAUACAGUUUAAAGAUAUUAACGAGAUGGAUAAUAUAUUUCAGAUGGUAUAGAAUAUAAUAAACAAUUAGUUAAUAUGGCUGAGCAGAUGUUUCCACCACUUGUCAGCAAGACUGGAUUGGGAGGUGGAUCACUUUCAAAUUCAUCUGCCAUGUUUCUUCAGCCGGAAUUAUUAGAAUUUGCUCCUGAAUUACCUGAUGUAUUCGAUUUGAUGAGUAUCGGCGUUUCAAAGAUAGACAUUGCUGAUAUGAUUUGCCGUACAUCACUUGAUGACAUAGAACGUCUCCCAGCAAUACACCCUUCGGUUAUGAGUUCACGUGGUGAACAGGUGACCCGGUAUAUCAGCUUCGUGUCGUCUCCACCAAUAGAAACAAGAGCGCCCAAAGACAGGCCCAGGUUUGAAAAGAAAAACAACAGCCUUGGUCCAGAAGAUUGUUUUCGAUGUCAACUCAAAACAGAUCAUGCAGCAUGUGAAAGGCAUAAGUUCGUGCGAGUUGGCGGUGGUUUCAGGCAUAGCUUCUCAUACAUUAAACAAGUCCUAGAUGUCAUCGAAGAUAAAACGCGUCAACAAGCAGCAGCAGAGGCAAAGAGACUUGCACGAGUGCGUGAGGAACAAAAGCACAAAGCUUUUCUUCGAGCCACUCAACAGAAACGAAAGGUGAAGACGUACGUACGGACAAAAAGCGGGAAAUUGAUAAAACAAUACGUAUUUGUUACUGAGCAAGAAUAUCAGGAAAUGAAAGACGACGAUGUUGCAGCAAGGCGCAUUCUUGGUCUCAGUGCCGACGAGAAACUUGAAGACUUUACCAGCUCCAGGAAAAAAUAUGUUGUGAACGAAGAUGGUGAAUAUGUCGAAGUACAUAAGAUUCGAGAUGACAGUGCAUACCAAGAGAGCCUAAAGAGUGUCAAACGAGGUCAGCAUGCAGGAAAAGGAAAACACAGGCACAGACGGCGGAGAGGAAAAGGAGGAAACUAUAGCGACGAUGAUUUAAGCAUUGAAAGCGGCGUUGGAGGCAGUAUUGAUGGUGGAACGGGUCGCAGCCGACGCCGACGUCGGAGACAUCGUCGUGGUGGUAGUUCAUAUUCUUCAUCAGUCUCGGAAGAAUCAUACAUUAGUACUGGUGGUACAAAACAUGUGAAGUAUCGAAGGCGGAGGCGCCACAGGAGUAGGGAUGGUGAAAAGGGAAGACGUAGGCGGAAUCGAUCGUACUCAAGUAGCGGAGACAGCGACGAUUGUGAUGGAAACGGGAAAAACCACAGUCGUCGCCGCCGCAAGCAUGGACACAGAAGGCGAAGAAGUUAUUACUCAAGUGAUGACAGUGAUGAAGAUGGUAGUCGUAGUGGUCACCGCAAACGGAGGCAUAGACGGCGGAAAGGGAGUAGUUACAGUGAAGAUUCAGACGAUGAGAAGCGGCAUAGAAGACGACGACGAAGAAGACGACGACGAAGAAGCGGAUCACAGAGAAGUGGGGAUUACAGUGACGUUUCCGAAGGCAGUCAUCAUCGACGGCGACGUCGUCGCCACAGACGACAUUCUGGUGACUCAGAAUCGUUCUCAGAUUAUAGCGGAAGCAGCUAUGAUAGCACAACUGAUUCAAGGCGUAGAAGGCGACAUCGAAAACAUCGAGACAAUGAUCACCCCCAAGACGGAAAUGGGAUUUCUGGUUCUGGAACUGACUGUGAGGACGACGGACGCAAAAGACAUCACAGGCGGCGACAUAGGCAGCACAGAGACAGGGAUUCCGAAAGCUACUCAAGUGAAUACUCUACACCAUCAAACGAAGAAGAGGGUGAAGGUGGACGUAAGCAUAGACGACAUAGAAGAUCACGUGAUGAUUCGAGUGACGGGUCUGACCACAGUAAUUGUGUCAGCAGAAGUAAAAAGAAACGAAAGGGAAAUAGAGGGAGAAGGAAGGACAGUGAAGACGAAUCAGAAUCGUACUCCACUGAAGGGGAUGAAAAACACGAUGAUAGCAAGAAAAGAAGGCGACACCGUCGUCGUCGUAAACAUAAUGGAGGCGAAGAAUACGACUCUUCAUCAAGCAGCUAUAGCGAAACCUCCGUAGAUUCGAAAGGUUCUGGAGAAAACGAUAGCGACUCUCCGUAUAUGUCAAGUUCCGAUAUCUCGACCGAUAGUACGUCAAGUAGUUCGGCCGUAAGCAGUGCUAGCAGUGUUAGCAGUGUGGACAGCAGCGAUAUAUCAAGCAUAGAAGGCGAUUACAGUGAAGGUGAACUCCAGAGACUCAAGAAAGAGAAGAAGGAGAAAAAGAAAAUGGAAAAGCAACAAACGAAGCAACAAGUAAAAGAAAUUAAAAGAAAGGAAGCACGCGAAGAAAAGAGAGAAUCCAAGCGAAAGGAAAGGGCAGAGAAAGUCAAAGAAAAAAAGAAGAGGAAAGAAGAAAAGAAGAGAGAACGUAGGAGGAACAAGAGAAAAAUGAGUCCAGUGAGCAGUGUGAGUGAUGUCAGUAGUGUAAAUAGUGAUGACAUCUCAGAUGUAGGUAGCAACUUGGGAGAGGAUGAAAGACGAGCCCUCAUCGAGGAAAAGAAAAUGAAGAAGAAGGAGGCAAAGAAAGACAAAAAGUUUGAGGAGAAAGUUGAGAAGAAGAAAGAAGAAUGGAAAGCCAAAAAGAAAGAGAAAGAAAAACGGAGGAAAGUCAUUGAGCUUCAAAAGGAAUUGGAAAGGAUGAGUUCCGCCAGCUCGGUUGAAAGUGUUAACAGCGACGAAAUCAGCAGCGUUGACAGCGACCUCAGCGACGGAGAAAAACAGAGAGUGAAGGAGAAAAAGAAAAAGAAACUCAAAGCCGAGCGACAGCUCACGAAAAAUAUAGUUAAGGCAAAGAUUCAAUUAAAAGAAAAGCGUAAAAAGGAAGGAAAGGCUUCAGAUAGUGAAGACGACGUAAAUUUUGAUGAAAUAGGCUACGAAGAAAUCAAAAAGGCUAUCAAUAAGUCAAAAGGAGGAAAGAAGAAAAAUGGAGCGAAUGGAGGAAUUGAGGACGACGGUUCUGAUAAUAGCUCUGACAAUUACGGAUAUGGUAGUAAAACAAAUAAAGCUUCCAAGAAUAAGAAGAAAAAAGAAAAACGACUACCUAAAGAUGAUAUGUUGGAACUAAGGGCUCCUGAUGGUACCAAAAUUCGUGUUAGCAUUCCAAAGAAUAUGCGUGUCGGAGGAAAGUUUGUCGGCAAAAUUCGCUUGAAAGGUGAUGGAACUGUUGCCGCGGACGACGAUGAAGAUGCUGAAUCAGUGAUCAUUGAUGAGGAUGGUAAUCUAGUCUCACAGCCAACAAUGCUGAUUAAUCCGAAGACUAUUGUUUUGGAUAAUGAAACUUGGGAAGGAUUUCAACCAACACCACCCCCACCAAAGACACCCACGGACGGCGGAAGAGUGCAAUUCACUGGGAUCAAGAAGGUCUUACAUGCCUUUCGAAAAAAUGGUGAGGUUCUUCAGAAGCACUUAGACGAGGUUUUGUAUACAGCUGGAGAACUGAAUGAUUACAAACAAAGAGGAGACAAAAUGGCAAUGCUUAUUGAUGAACGAGAUAGUUCCAUAGACUAUAUAUCCCAUUUUCGACUUGUGGAGAAGCGGAAACUCGAUCCCUUCGGAAAAGCAUUUGUAGUUGAAGAUGAUGACUUUAAUUGCGUCAUUAAUUUAAACGAGCUGAAGGGUGCAAUCGAAGGUAUUCCAACUUUACAGACACUCAAACCAAAACAACUUGAAUAUGCAUUAAAGGUUCUCAAUAUCGAUGAACAUUCGAUGAUCACAUUUAAGAUGUUUGCAGUGAUGGCGGCACUCAGUGAAAGGAUGUGCACAAUGGACUCAUUCAGCCAACAUCUAAUCGACAUCUCCGAUCUAAUGGACAUCGAGCGUAAAAUGGAAUUAUACAAGGCUAUGUUUUACUGCAAUGUAAAUUCAGAGCGAAGUGAUAAUCACAUUACAGCUGAAUCACUACACAUUGAACUUCGUGCUGGCGGACUAAACAGAGCCCAGGAAGAGUACAUCAUGUCACUCAUGAAGCCCGAUGAAUAUAGUGACAUAUCUUUCAUUGACUACAUGGCGUACAUACCUCUUUUUCUGUCAAUGCAUGAAAACAUUAUCGAUAAUCCACUGGACAUGGAAGAAAAAUAUAACAUGAAGACGAAUAACGUCCAACAGCGCGAUAUGAAUCCUCUUGGUUUACCGCUGAGGCGGGAGUUCAUUGAUGCUGCUAAACCAGGCACUGAAAGGAAGGUAUCUUCAACAAGACUUAGAAGCUUCAUUGAAAAGGGGGAUUUGUUAAGCCGAGGCGCUACAAGUUCAACAAGCCUUCCCAGAAUUCCAUCGGCAAGGAAAGGUUCUAGUAAAUGAUCACUAUCGAUCAUAUCAGUGUUAAAUGAAGCUACAGUUCAGAAAAAAUACCAGCGUCGUAAACAAAACUUUUUACAUAUGGAUGUAGACACUUCUCAUUCUAUUGAAGCUAUGUAUGUAGAAAAAUAAAAUGUAUAGGCUACAGUGUGUAACUAAACGAGAAACAAAAACUACAAAACAGAUAGGUUACGGUAGUAAAAGGCAAAUGAUUUGUGUUGGUUUCCCGUUGUUAUCUAGUGACCACGCUAUAUGCAUAUUAGGCAUUAGACGUACCGGUACAUAAACGAUGUGUUCGUUAGACAACACAUUUAUAGGACUAGCGCAUUUUGGUCUUGCUCUGAUUGAUCAUAAUGAUCACGUGUUGUUUGACUGAGACUUUGAAAAGGUCCAUUAUAAAUUGUAUAAGACUUUAGUGUCAAACAUUAAAUAAAAUUUCCAAAUUCAUUAAAAAAAAAUCCAUAAAUUGCCAAGUACUUCAGCUUCAGUUAACAGGCCUUACAAAUUAUCCGUCCCUUUUGUAGCCUACCUGUAGCCCUAAAUGUUUAAAAAAAAAAUUUCAUUUCAAUGUCAAAACAUCAAACGGUUUAGAUUGACAUUGGUACUAUACUGGAUAUGAUUGUAGUCAUAUUGUAUGGUCUGUUGUAUUGUACCCUGUAAAAAUCAUCUUGAUAAAUAUGUACAUUUUGGAAAAAAAGAAACUAUAAUAUAUCUUAUUUAUUUAAAAAUAAUACUGUACUGAUUUCUAACUAAUUGGGCGUAUUUAUUUAUUUAUUUUUCAUGGUGGAAGGGCGACUAGUGGUGGGAGAGGAGCGAGCGUUUAGUUUUCGGGGGUGGGGGGAUGUCAGGCACCCUUAGAUGCACCAUCGCAUAGGCCGAUGAAGCAAACUUCAUCUGGCUAAAUCAGGGUCCACUGAGGUGUGGGGGUGGAAGUCGAAAGUGAAACGACCGAAAGCUGUGACUUCGACUGGAACUAUAUAGAUUAAAAAAUUAAUGGUUUUAUAAUGUUAUAAUGUAAUCGUAAUGUAGUUUCUUUUUUUAAAUAAAUUGUGCAACUUGUCUGUCAUAAUAGACUUAAAUUGUUUUAAUGUAUUUCCUCUGCCUUAGAUUUUGUGAAGAAAUUAUUAACUAAAUAGAUACAUCACUAGACGGUACUCCAUGUUUAAAUGGUACUGUAAUCUUCGACUAAUAUCAAUAUUUAAAUACUGUACUGGUAAAGGUUUGUCGUAUGUUGGAACAUAUACUACACUCAUUUGUUUUGUAAUUGAUAGAAAUGUUGUGGCUUUAUAUGUAUCUGUUGAUGGGUACUUCACUUUAUAGGCUGAAAAAAAAACACUGAAAAAUUUCUAACAUUUUAAGAAAAUGUUGUUUAAACCAUGAAAUAAUUUAAAUAAAAUUGUUUUCUUAAUCUUAAAGUAUAGACAUCAACAGCAUCAUCUAUCAUUUUCAUAACUGUAGUCAGAAGGAAGUGUGCAUCAUUUACGUUUACAUUGUGUAAAAAGAGAAUUGCUUAUUAUAUUAUCGUGGUUGUGCUAGUCAAUUUUGUUUAUUCUAAAUGCCAAAGAAAUGUUAAAGUGCAAAGGUGACAGAUUGUUCAAUUUUAAACAUUCCAAAAUGAUAUCUUUCAGUGCAUAUCACAAUUAUAAAGUGUAUUUAUUGUCCAUAAGUCUCAAAAUGUGAACAUUGUACUGUACUUAUUUUCUAUGAAUCAGUGAAGUGGUGAGUGAUGAAGGGAGACACUUUGACCUCCAUAGAAAGUAGAUUUAUAGUUGCUUGUAAAUGAGCUUUGUGACAGAUUAUGUUCUAUUUUGCAGUAGUGAAACAUUACCAGGUUUGCACUAUAUUUUUAAUAAGUGGAAUGUGUUAAAACCCCACCCACUGUACACUUUGCGUAAACACUACUACUAUAAAUUCUAUUAGGAUGACAUUUUAAAUACUGCGUGUUUCAGUUCUUGUCUAAUAGAUCCCCAAGAAGAUGUGUUUCACUAUUAAGUCUAAUACUCUAUUUUAUAGAUAUUUUUUGCACUUAUGAAGCCUCAAGAUCUUUAAUAGGUCAUUAUGAAUAAACUACUUACUUAUUAUCUAA